AUGUCAAAUCCCAAUCCCCUUCUCAUUCAAGAUGAUCCAGCGUGUGGCCCGCUGCAAGGUGAAACGCAUCCAUUCUUCCUGAUCCACGACGCGAGCGGAUUAGUUUCAAGCUACCUGAAAUUGGGUCCACUUGGAACACGUGUAUACGCGCUUCAUGACCCAAAGUUCGAAAAUAAUGGCCACUGCGGCUGGCAGAGCGUACGAGAUAUGGCGCUGCAUUACAUAACGUUGAUCAGGCGCCGGCAUAGCCGUGGCCAGAUCAUUAUUGGUGGAUGGUCGUUCGGAGGCAUUGUCGCUGUUGAGAUUGCCCGCACGCUUGCCGUACAAGGCAGGGGGCUGACAGUAUCCAAAGUGAUCUUGUUGGACACCGUGUACCCCCGAUGUGAAAGACCCGAGGCGACCAAAGAGAAUACUGCGCAAUAUGUCACGGGUAUCGAAGGGUUGAGCCCCCAAACCAGAAAUAGGCUAGAGACAGCCCUCGUCCGCGCAACCUGCCUGGCAGACCGCUGGAUCGUUCCACAAUGGACGUUGCCAAGACAGUUGCACGAACCACUCGCAAAGGGCAGCCCACUCCCCGGUCAACUCCCUAUGCCGCCACCCGUUAUAUUGAUCAGAGCAAGGGACAAGGUAGGAAUGGUUGACGAAAAUGAAAAGUGUGUCCUUGACAGGACAAGGUUCUUGCCCCAGCUUGGCUGGGAGGAUUUGCACCCGGAUUUCAUUUCUGCGGUCAUCAAGGUCAAUGGAAAUCACUACACACUCUUCGACGAAUUAUAUGUGAGAGGACAUGUUACUGGGGGGCACCCAAUGCUGGCUGGCUCAUGUCAUCUCAGCCUCAAUCUGGCGAAUCGAUCUAAGGUCUAUAAAUCACAAAGCACAAUGGCGACUAGCACCAAUGCCAAAGUCAGCUGGAUGUCGCUACCGAGGAAGGACCAGUUAUUUGUGCUGUGCUUGAUGCGCUUUGCAGAACCCGUUGUCAGUGCUUCAAUCGGUUCACUGGAUCUUACCCUGACAUCGGCUGAGGUGAUUCGGCAAGUGUCGAUUUUGAAAUCGGCCUUCACUCUCUCCCAGUGCAUCUCGAUUCUGUUUAUUGGCAAAAUCGCAGACUCGUCUUGGGGCGGGAGGAAGCUUGCGUUGCUUAUUGGGACACUCAUUGCCUCCACGGCAUUUGGAUUCAUUCGCAAUUUCCAUCAGGCUCUUGCACUCCGGGUUAUAGAGGGCCUCCUCAAUGGCAACAUUGCAGUUAUGAGGACCAUGGUGUCAGAGGUUGUGCAAGACAAGCGUAGGGUUGCGAGCGGCUUGGCAGAACAAGAAGAGAUGGAGCCAAUGGUCGGGCCCGAGAGUCCCGGCAUCCCGGCGAAGCAUCUCGAAACGGCGCAAAAGGUCAACUUUCUCCCGUUCCGGAGAAUAUUCACCCGUAACCUGGCAUUGACCCUAUUGUGCUACACCAUCUUGGAGACGCACACGGCGGCAUACAACAGUCUAUGGCCUAGCUUCCUCAGCGAUCCUGUUGCCUCGGUGGAAGAACGACGGAAGUGGAGGCUACCGUUCUUCUUCUCCGGUGGAGCCGGCAUGGCCACAGAUAAGAUAGGUUGGACCCUAGCAAUCCUUGGCGGUGUCGGUCUUCCAGCCCAACUGCUCUUGUUCCCCCGCGUUCAACAACGCCUGGGCAAUAUCAGGACCUUGCGCUUCUUCAUGCUUGGCUUUCCUAUAGUUCAUGCUCUCGUUCCAUACAUUGCAGUCGUUCCCUCAUCAACACCACCACCAGGGGGGAAGAGUGGGCCGUAUGUCUGGGCCUUGAUAGUACUAGUACAGACUAUCCUGAUGUCAUGUGCUGUGUUUGUGAUGCCUACACAGGUGAUGCUCGUUAAUAGUGCCAGCCCGCACCCCUCAGCCCGUGCAAGGACACACACUAUUUCAGUGCUUACGACGAAUAGAAUCGCACUAUCUCCAUUGCCGUCGACUCUGUCAACCACGAUGGGCAGCGUUUCAAGCUUGGACGACGCGCAAAAAUACGAAAUUGAGCACUAUGGCGACCAUCGUGUUAAAUACCCUGCGUCACUAUGGGCGCUGCUCGUUGCGUACCACCAAGGACCAUUGCGUUCAGCACAUGAUAUUGGCGCCGGGUACGGGAAUGGAAUAGAAGGCUUGCUUUCUUUCCUGCAGGGAGGUGACUGCAGCGUGACUCAUGCUAUUCUUACGGAGCCCAAGGGCUUUCUCCUUGAAGCGGCACGUGCCCGGCUCCCAGACUUGUUCCCCGAAAUCAUGUUCGGAUACCGGAACAAGAGGGGCGAAGAUGCCUGGGAUGGAUAUCUGGGACUCGAGAAUGGGCAGCUUGAUCUGGUCAUGUCGUGUGAGGCAAUUCAUUGGACGGAUCUAGCUCCCACGCUGGCCAAUAUCAACGAUAGUCUGAGGCCUGGGGGCACGUUCAGCGCGGUGCUCUAUUCUCCGCUUCCGCAGGUUGUCGGAAAUAUGCCCGCAACGGAGUCUCUGCGACGUCUUGUUGAGAGCCACGUGGACAAGCUGAUCUCGGAGGGCUGGAUGGACGAGGGAUGGAAGCGUUGCAUGGGUCAAUUAUAUUCAGGCCUGGCUUCUCUGCCGCUGAUUGAUGAACAAUGGACGGACGUCAAGCUCGUGGAGAUUAACAAUGUCGAGGGUUGGUGGUGCCCAUCUGCUUAUAAACCAAACAAAUCCUCUCACGAAGUAUGGCCCGCAAGCGGAUCCCGCAGCAGGUCUAGUCCGGCGGCAUGCAUACCUAAAGAGCGAAUCGUGGUGCCCGUCGACACUAACUGGCGGCGCAAUGAUGCCUCGCCUGAGUGGUUAAAGCAGAUGUUACUGUCAUUCAGGCUGAAUUUCUCUGAUUCUAGCUGGGCUUCAAAUGAGUGGCGCCAUCUAGAGCAAAUGCUGUCUGGCACAGAUGUGCAGCUCGAAUGGGCAGUCCAUGUCGUCCUGGCUAGGAAGAUGUAA